AUGCCGGCCGGCCCCAUGGACGCUUUGGGGGCUUUCUCCCAUCUCUCGGAAAAUUUACCGCAGUGGAUCACGCGAUUGUCUGAGCUGGCCACCUACACCGCCGCCAAACGUGCCGAAUAUGCAGAGGACUUCAGGAAGCAUGCCGUGGCGAAGCCCCGGCGUCGCAAGAACAGCUCCAUCUGCUCUAUCCGCACCGACGAAUGCGUGCCCGACGGCCCGACUCAGCUGGCCGGCGACUCGAAACCGAUUUCCUCUCGAAUUCCCAGAAAGCGCUCAACCGACGAAGCGUCGAUCGAUAACGAGGACGACGAUCGAUAUUCGUAUGUGCACCCGCGACACAACCUGAUCAUCCAGUACGACGGUCACACCCAGAAGUCGUUGGAGGAAAUGGUGCGAUACAUUGGAACGGCGAGAAAUAAUAUCCGUCGCGGCCGCAUGUCCCAGCUCCCGCUUGGGGGCUUUCGCAGCCGCGCCGCCUUCGGUCGAGGCGGACGCAGGAGUGAAGAUCCGCGACUGACGCCCUCCGCGGUCGACACCCCGGAGGACCAACUACUGUCGAACAUUCGCAGUGCACGAGCACGAAACAUGCCGGGGGCUCCCAGCGCGCCAACGCCGAAAGACUCGUCGUUUGAUCUUGCGGAAAAACACCUCGAGAUCGCCCACAGCAUGUGUGAGACGGCUGCCUACCAGUUUUUGCGCUCGGGGGAUUGCUCCACCCAGCUGAGUAACGUGGAGGAUAAAUUCAAGCAUCUGCUAGACAUCGCCAAUAAGGAGGUUACGCGCCUGCAGGCCGAGCAGAGCAACUCGCCGUCCGAAGAAGACACCGACGCCGAAGAAGAGCUUGCGCCGGUCGAGCCGGUUAAGACGGAAGACAAGCCUCCGGCAUACAGUGGAGAGAUUGAGGUCGACGACGGUACCGCGUCCGUGGAGUCGCUGGACCUGACGGCCUUCCGAGCCAGCCGGCUGAGGCGCUGCUAA